CCUCUUUCUGCUCCUCCUGCUGCCGCUCCUCUCUCUCUCUCUCUGCUGCAGCUGUCCGACGCUCUCAGAGGGCAGACGGAAAACUUCCCCAAGUUGUCUUUUCCUCCUCCGGCGCAGCGUUUCGGUUUCGGAGCUGGUCACCUCCACCACAGCCCCCUGCGGCAGCAGCCCCGGCAUGCCGGACUUAAACGCCUGAAGGGCGGGAUGGCAUCGGCCGUGUUUGAAGGCACGUCUCUGGUCAACAUGUUUGUCCGGGACUGCUGGGUUAACGGGAUCCGGAGGCUCAUCAUCAGCCAGCGCGGAGAGGAAGAGGAGUUCUUCGAGAUCCGAACCGAGUGGUCCGACAGGAACAUUUUAUACUUGCAUCGGAGUUAUUCCGACCUGGGGCGGCUCUUUAAGAGACUGCUGAAGUCCUUUCCGGAGGACAGAAAGGACUUAUCUAAAUCUCCGCUGAUAGAAGGUCUGGUAAAAAUCAAAGAUGCACAUGACAUUGAGGAGAAGUUGAAUGAGGUGGAAAGACUUCUAAAGAAUGCCAUCAACAUGCCAUGCAAGUUUUCCAGGUCGGAGGUGAUGUUGACUUUCUUUGAACGCUCGCCGCUGGACCAGGUGCUAAGGAAUGACAAAGUUCACAGAAUCCAGCCGUGCUUUCAGAGUCCAAUCAACAUAUCAGAAAUCAUGCGAUCGAACGGAUUUUGUCUGGCCAACACAGAAACUAUUGUAUUUGAUGAUAGUAUACCAGAGGAAAAAGAAAGACCGUCGUCCACAGACUCUGGAGAGCACACGUACGAAGACGGAACAGAAUUUUUGCCAAUGGAAGCAGACGUGUGCGAGGAGGAAACAGAAGCGUAUGUCACCAACCUCUCCUACUACCAUCUGGUCCCAUUUGAAACAGACAUCCUGGAAUGAACACUUGUGGAUGGAUAUUUCUCCUUCAGCUGAACUGAACUAUGCAACUCUGCACAUAGCUGCUCCAGUUCAAUGCUGCUGCUCCUGAAUGCAACAGUUUCCUGAGUUGGUGAACUUUGGAAGAAUGCCGCAACAUCACCACUUCAUUCCCUUUAUGGGACAUCACCAGUGUGCCUCAUUUGGAUUCCUAACUCUUUAUCAUAAGUGUUACAGAUCUGAUGGUUUCAGCUAGACUAAGACAUUUCCUUAAGAUGCUAUCAUCCACUUUAACAGGACUAAAACCGAUCAGCAUUUGUAGUAAACAUCAGGUUGGGGGAACCACACAUCAGUUGAAGUUUCAGUACAGCUGUAAUUUAUUGGACCAUUCAGUGUUAAUGUAAUUGACCAGCAAUCCAUUUUAUUGACUGGGCUGUUUUAUCCUUUCUGGAUUGCACUUUUAAACCACUAACCUGCUUUGCUAAGACAUUCGUGAUGGAAUUCAUUGUUUGCUCUCCACCUACAUGACUUCUCUCAAAACAUCGUCUUAGAAAAAAAGUUGUAUUUUCACCUGUUUUCACUGUGAUAGAUGUGAUUGCACAAAUGUUUUUCUAACAUGUCAAGCACUCCAAGAUCCUAGUUAACCCAAACUGAAUUUGUUUGGAUGCCACUAAACCUUAUGGAAGAAAAUGGAAUCCUUUUCUGGGACAAACCUUUGCGGGAAAGUUAGGGAUGCAACAAUCUAAUUUUUGGUCCUGAUAUUGACACUAAUCAUUUAAAAUUAGGCAUGUUAUGGUACCAAUUUCAAGUACAAAAGUACAUUACAUUGAAAUCAUUGAGAUCAGUAUUAAAUGUUCUACAUAGUAUUGUGAUUUACCCCCACUUAACUCUCAUACACCCAUGAUCUUCAGGAUACAGCAGCUUCCUUUUACAAUAAAUCCAACAAAUAAUUUUCCCCUGUUGGAGUUUCUUCAGCUCAGCCUAAGCCCUUAGCACAGUCACCCGAAAUACAUACUCACUUCAUAAUAUUGCUGAAAAUAAUCAUUUUCUUUCCAAAGUCAGAAGGUGUUUCUGACUUGAAUUUUUCCUUUUGUCUUAGUGAUAAAAUGUACAUGUGUUGUUGUGUUUAUUGGAUGUAACGAAUAAUGCAAUGAAUGUGAGCCCUAAUCCUGAAAGCUAAACCACUUCAGUGCUGUUGUUGCGGUUGAAGCGAGGAAAAGGAAGCUUUGUUUUCCAGCCCUGCUGAAGUCAUUUCUGUCCCGCCCUGUGACUUGACAUGAGUUUGCUCAGUCAGCUUCAUUUGAGCGUGGGAGUCUGCAGCUUGGCCUGGGACGGCUAAACAAGACUUUUCUUUAUAUGAAAAAGACAAAUCACUUUGCUUGUUUGAAGGUAUGGAAAAAAGAUCUUUAUUGGUCCUCCUGUCACUAUAAAGAAGACCCUUACAGUUCUGAAAGCUCAAAGGAGCAUUGUAUUUGGGUUGUUUUAGAUGUUUUCGUUUCUAUGUAAGCUAACAGCUUGUGCCCAGGUUUCUGCCACAGCAAUUACAAAAGCAUUCACAUACUUGGCACAUGAGCCGGGAGCAUGUCCUCCGCAUCAGUCCAUGUAGCUGCUCAGUCUUGAUCUCUAUUCACCCCCGUGAGAAAGUGAAGCUCUUUUAAGGUUGAGACACAACAACAUCCCUUAUUUUUUAGUCAGAUUAUCUUCUGAAGCAGCACAUUACCUACAUUUUUGUUUUGCAAAGGUCUGUUAGAAACCAUUUCAGGACCAAAAAGUUUCAUUUUUAAAACUUGUAAGUCAGUUAGAAAGUUAAUUUCAGAUGCUUUUGCUUCCUCAGUGCAUGAAGUUGUGACUGCAGUUGUACUGAAGAAGUGCAAUGUAACAAAGGAAAUGAGGAACAAUUUGCUGGUACUUCAAUUUUUGUGGUAUUUUGACACAUAUCAAUGUCUAACGUGCCAGCUGUGUGUUUAAGAGUAAUUAAAGCAAGAUGGAAUAUAAUAUAACAAGAAUACAUAUGUAAUGUUCAGCCACUUUCUGUGAAUCAAACAAUUCUCUAUCAUGUUAUUGUUUGCUUUCAUUGUGUCUCAUUUGAGGAGAUCGUUUGCAGUGUAAAUAUAUUAUAAUGAAGUUAACUAAUUAUUAAGUUGUUUAAUAACCUUGAAACAAUUCAGUGUUAGAUUCAGAUUAUCACUCAGAGAUUUUAUCUGACAAAUAAAUAUGUUUUCAAUAAAUCAUGUUACUUGUUUUUGUUA